GAGGAAUGUCAGCACUCACCUCGGUGUGACAGGUGCCAACAUUGCAGUGAGUGGGUAACUGGCUGCCAGCUCCCAGUGAGUGGGUGACAGGGGGUGCCAGCUCCCAGUGAGUGGGUGACAGCUCCCAGGGAGUGGGAACAGGGUGCCAGCUCCCGGUGAGUAGGUGACGGGGGUGCCAGCAUGCAGGAGUGGGUGCCAACUCCCAGUGAGUGGGCGAUUGUGUGCCAACAUUGCAGUGAGUGAGUAACUGGGGGACAGCUCCCAGUGAGUGGGUGACUGGGUACCAGCUCCCAGUGAGUGGGUGCCAGCUCCCAGUGAGUGGGUGUCAGGGUACCAGCUCCCAGUGAGUGGGUGACAGGGUAUCAGCUCCCAGUGAGUGGGUGCCAGCUCCCAGUGAGUGGGUGUCAGGGUACCAGCUCCCAGUGAGUGGGUGACAGGGUAUCAGCUCCCAGUGAGUGGGUGCCAGCUCCCCCAGUGAGUGGUUGACAGGCUAUCAGCUCCCAGUGAGUGGGUGACAGGGUAUCAGCUCCCAGUGAGUGGGUGCCAGCUCCCCCAGUGAGUGGUUGACAGGCUAUCAGCUCCCAGUGAGUGGGUGACUGGGGCGCCAGCGCGCAGUGAGUCUGUGCUCCGCCUGGCUGAAGCAGCGCCGCUCGAUGCGCUCGGCGCUCGCCUGCUGCCGCCUGGCCCGCGUGCGCGGCCGUUAGCUCGCCGCCGCCGCAUUCCCGCGGAGCCAGCGCUCGCUCGCGAACAUGGCGACCGAGGGGCUGCUGCUGACCAACCACGACCACCAGAUCCGGGUCGGAGUGCUGACAGUGAGUGAUAGCUGCUUCAGGAACCUUGCAGAAGAUAGAAGUGGGAUAAACCUUAAAGACCUGGUCCAAGAUCCCUCAUUGUUGGGAGGAACAGUAUCCGCAUACAAGAUAGUGCCUGAUGAGGUUGAUGAAAUCAAGGUAAGAACGCUUAUAGAAUGGUGUGAUGAUAAGGAAUUGAAUCUUAUUUUAACCACUGGGGGGACUGGGUUUGCCCCAAGAGAUGUAACUCCAGAGGCUACAAAGGAGGUGAUAGAAAGAGAGGCUCCUGGAAUGGCAUUGGCUAUGUUGAUGGGUUCUUUGAAUGUGACUCCUCUGGGGAUGCUAUCUCGGCCUGUGUGUGGAAUAAGAGGGAAAACUCUGAUUAUUAAUCUGCCUGGCAGCAAGAAAGGUUCACAGGAAUGCUUCCAGUUUAUAUUACCUGCCCUACCUCAUGCUAUUGACUUGUUGCGGGAUGCAGUUGUGAAAGUGAAAGAAGUUCAUGAUGAGUUGGAGGACCUUCCAUCACCUCCACCACCAUUAUCUCCUCCUCCUACCACCAGCCCACACAAACAGACAGAAGACAAAGGAGUUCAGUGUGAAGAUGAGGAGGAAGAGAAGAAAGAUAGUGGAGUGGCUUCAACUGAAGAGAGUUCGUCCUCACACAUCACUGCAGCAGCCAUAGCAGCCAAGAUCCCAGAUUCGAUUAUUUCUCGUGGUGUUCAAGUGCUUCCACGAGACAAUGCAUCGCUGAGCACAACUCCAUCCGAAUCACCACGAGCUCAAGCUACAUCACGGCUAUCCACAGCUUCUUGCCCCACACCAAAACUCCACCAUAGGUUGGAAGGGCUUAAAGAUGAACUCAGAAGGCAUAGAGGAUACAACUCACGAGUCCAGUCUCGCUGCAGCAGCAAGGAAAACAUCCUGAGAGCCAGCCACAGUGCAGUUGAUAUCAGCAAGGUUGCACGACGACACCGCAUGUCUCCAUUUCCCUUAACGUCGAUGGACAAGGCCUUCAUUACAGUACUGGAAAUGACCCCAGUUCUCGGCACUGAAAUUAUCAACUAUCGAGAUGGUAUGGGUCGAGUUCUAGCACAAGAUGUAUUUGCAAAAGACAACCUGCCACCAUUUCCAGCAUCAGUGAAGGAUGGCUAUGCUGUAAGAGCUGCCGAUGGCCCUGGUGAUAGAUUCAUUAUUGGUGAAUCGCAGGCAGGUGACCAGCCCACUCAGACAGUGAUGCCUGGCCAGGUCAUGCGAGUAACAACGGGGGCUCCAAUACCUUGUGGUGCAGAUGCAGUUGUACAGGUUGAAGAUACCGAGCUGAUCAGGGAAUCAGAUGAUGGCACAGAAGAGUUAGAAGUGCGAAUUCUGACACAGGCUCGUCCAGGUCAGGACAUCAGACCAAUAGGCCAUGAUAUCAAAAGAGGAGAAUGUGUUCUGGCAAAAGGUACUCAUAUGGGGCCUUCUGAAAUUGGCCUUCUAGCAACUGUUGGGGUUACUGAAGUUGAAGUUCACAAGUUUCCUGUGGUUGCAGUGAUGUCCACAGGAAAUGAGCUGCUGAACCCUGAGGAUGAACUAACACCUGGAAAAAUUCGGGAUAGCAAUCGUUCAACCCUACUGGCAACAAUUCAGGAGCAUGGAUACCCAACCAUCAACCUGGGAAUAGUGGGAGAUAACCCUGAUGACCUGCUGAACGCUCUCAACGAAGGCAUAAGUCGUGCUGAUAUCAUCAUUACUUCAGGAGGUGUAUCUAUGGGCGAAAAGGAUUACCUGAAGCAGGUGUUGGACAUUGACCUGCAUGCCCAGAUCCAUUUUGGCAGAGUCUUCAUGAAACCUGGCCUCCCAACAACUUUUGCAACUCUGGAUAUCGAUGGUAUCAGAAAAAUCAUCUUUGCGUGCCAGUAUGAUUUCCUUGCAGGAAAUCCAGUGUCAGCAGUUGUCACCUGCAAUCUCUUUGUAAUCCCUGCAUUGAGGAAAAUGCAAGGAAUCCUUGAUCCUCGACCCACCAUCAUCAAAGCAAGGUUGUCCUGUGAUGUGAAGCUGGAUCCACGACCUGAAUACCACCGCUGUAUUCUGACUUGGCACCACCAGGAACCAUUGCCAUGGGCACAGAGUACAGGGAAUCAGAUGAGUAGUCGUCUGAUGAGUAUGCGAAGUGCCAAUGGACUGUUGAUGCUACCUCCAAAGACAGAGCAGUACGUGGAGCUCCAUAAGGGUGAAGUGGUAGAUGUCAUGGUGAUUGGAAGACUAUGAUAUCACCACAAGAGGAGGGUUGGUGCAUGACUACAUAUCAUUGACUGUAUCCUGUAAUGGAAUGGCACCGUUAGUUUUUAAUGAUUUGGAUAAAAUUGACCAAUGUUGUUGAUAUCUUGAAGUAAUUUCAAAAAGGAAUCAGAUAAAGUAAAUGAAACAGGAGAGAGAGAGAGAAAAGAAAUCCAUUGAAUCCAUUCUGUAUCAUACCCAGGGCAAAGUUUCUCUUUCAUUACAGUUGCUUUGUGUGUUUAAUGCCAGGUCUAAUAGCAGUAGCUUUUGAUAGACAGCGGUAGGUGCCUGCUAAACUUGUGUUUUCUCAUCUUCAGAUACAGAUACUUAUGCUACUAGCAAGGCUGUCUGCUUACUUUAUACCAGCUUAGAUAAACACAGCUAUUAUCCUUAUUAGUACGCAACAUAAUUGCUUCACAAAGAGCUUUGCUUGUUCUUUAUCUUGUAUCUUGUGUUCAUGUGCUCAGUGCCAAAAGCAGAGUGGCUGGAGUGGACUGGACUGGUAUAUUACCCUUCCAGUGCCAUUGACAGGGAAAUUUCCCAGAAGCCACCUGUCUCAGCUGACCACCUAGUUGGACAGGAAUUGGAAAUCUUUCAUUUGAACAAAGAAAUUGCUUCCUUAAGUGCUGACAGCCUUUUUACCAAUUUAAAAAAAAGUGUACAGUAAUACAAAGAUUGAUAUUGUACAGAUAAUAGUGUACCAGCAAAUCAUGUGGUAAUUCCUAGCAAUGAAAGACAUUUAACAACACUGUACCAUAACAUUUUCUGUAAUGAUAUUAAAUAUUAAUAAAAAUCCUUGAUCAUUGUUAAAAUUUA